AUGCGGUCUGCACAGGUGGACCUCUGCCGCCAGAACGACGAGCUCGAGCGCGGCCGCACCGACGUCCUCCGCCGGGAGGAGCAGGUCGCGCUGCGUGAGACAGAUGCCAACAUAACGUCGUUAGCGCUUGACGCUCGGGAGGAGCAGAUCGCGCGGCGUGUGGCAGAUGCCGAUUUGGCGUCAUCAGCACUCGCCACCUGGGAGGAGCAGGUCGCCAACCAAGAGGUCGACCUGCCUGCCCGAGAGCAGGCCGUCAAGGCCCGGGCCGAGCAACUGGAGCAAUCCCAGGCCGAGGUGGCUGCCCAGCACCAGGAGAUACUGACCAUGAGAGGCAUCCCUAUCAGUGCCGCCGACGACAGCAGUCUCGAGGCCCGGCUGAAGAACGCCAAGGAUGAGCUCGAUGAUGUCCUCUCAGAGCGGAGGAACGUGAAGCUGAUGAUGCGGGACAUCCUUCGGCAGGCGCGGGACACCGUGGAGGUAGCCGAGCUUGGGCGUGUGUUUGUGAGGUGCCAGUCGCUGGAAACAGAGACGAUAGGCCACAUCGCCCUCGGGUUCGCAGAGAUCGCCCGGCGCCUUGAGGCCCUUCCUGCCGCUGUCCAGGAGCUGGCGACCCGGGAGGGGCGUGCACUGGCCCAAAGUGUGGCCGAGCACUACAAUGUAACAAAGAACGUCAUGUCCAUCAGAGUUGUUCGAGACGGUCUUCAUGUCCAUCCACAGCUCAGGAUAUCAGACACAUUGCUUGUUCUGGUGUCUCCUGCGUACUGA